GUAGAGUGGACACGUGUGUUUACAUACACGUCAGCAGGAAACAAGACUACAUUCACCAACAUGAACAGACAGGAUUCUCUCGGUGAAGUGCCAUUAUUUCAUGAGGAUGAAAAUGCGUUUAGAGAGAAGAAAUCAAACAUCAAACAUCCUCUGGCCUGUUUCUUUCAUCUCUUCUUCCGCACAAGUGCAAUCCUGAUCUACCUCUUUUGUGAGUUUCUCAGCCGAAGUUUUAUUGCCAACAUGGUCACCAUCAUUUUACUUCUGUCAUGUGACUUCUGGACAGUAAAGAAUGUGACGGGACGACUGUUGGUGGGCUUGAGAUGGUGGAAUCAGGUCGAUGAAGAUGGUCACAGUCGCUGGAUGUUUGAAUCCAGAUCAGCAACCAGUAAAAACGGGGUCUCGAAUUCCGAUUCACGGAUUUUCUGGAUCGGCCUGAUCGUGUGUCCGUUGUUUUGGGCUCUCUUUGUGUUUAGCUCACUAUUCUCCUUCAACAUAAAGUGGUUGGCGGUUGUGAUCAUGGGAGUUGUGCUGCAGUGGGCAAACCUAUAUGGAUAUGUGCGAUGCAGAGUUGGUGGUGCAACCAAACUCAAGAACAUGGCAACUAAUUACUUUGGACUUAAGCUCUUCAAAAAGGUAGUAGACCAACCGGAGGGACCAUGAUUUGACUGUGGCUGGCUUAAUUUAACUAGCGAGUUUUUUCUCCUUGUUUUGUCCGGAUGUGCUGUCUUUUCAAUCUAAUUAUUAUAAUUGUUUAUGGUGAAUUCUUCAUUCCUCUUCAUGUUUCCAUUGAGCUUUUCUUUUAUUGCUAGCUUCGUCAAACUUUGUGUUCCCUUAUCAGUGGGUAAUGUGAUUAUCUGUUAAAAA